UAUGAGAAUAUGGACCAGUUUUCAAAAUACACGGUGAAUUACGAGUAUGUUAAACCUGAUGCCCAGUCCACAAGGAGUCUCGGCCUCGAUAACGAUUUUCCCGAACUCGUCCAGGAGAUUUACGAGUUAGAUGAGGCACUUGGUCAAGAAGAAGAUGGCCCAGGUGAAGCGAGGUGGGAGAUAGGAAUAUGGACUGAUUGUACAAAGAGCUGCAAUGACGGCGAGCACGGAAUAAAAACACGAGAAGUUUUCUGUGUGAUGGAUUCACAAGGUGUUGAGUUGGAAGUUGACGAUAGCAAAUGUAAGAAACCCAAGCCAGCUAGCGAAGAAGCUUGUGGAAAUCAACCAUGCCCGGCAGAGUGGUACACAGUGCAUGUUGGACAGUGUUCAACCUCGUGUGGCCCUGGUGUUCAGCCUUUGGAGGUGAAAUGCGUGAAAAUAAACUCUUCUGGUGAAACAAACGCUGUAGAUCCAAAGGAGUGCACUGACAUCAAACCGCCCACACAUGUGGCAUGUAAUGUAGAGAAUCCUUGUAAUGAAGAGUCCGAUGGCGAGGAGUAAUUCAGGUACUAUUCACGGCAAAAGUCGCUGUUACAGCAAAUCAUUGGCAAGAGCUAUACCUCAGAGAAGUGUUCAAAAGAGUAUCGAAACUAAUCAGGGAUUUCUUUGGUUUUCCUUUACUUCGUUAUGUGAUUGGUCCAGAAAACCCGUGCCACUUUCUCAACUAAUCAGAUUUAAAUGUAAAACCUUGAUCGCACGCGUUUUCGCGCGCUUCAGGCAGUUUACUUGUUUUGACUUAGAGUUCUCAUUAGUCCCUUGCGAUAUUUUUCCUUGCUUUGAUUGGCUGUUGCGAAUGCUUUGGUUUGGUUUUAUGACAUGCGCUCAAUCGAAAAGCGGUUGGUUCUGCCUAAACAUUCGCUGAUGCUUAAGAUUUUGUAUAUGCAAUGCUACUUAUUGUUACGUGGUUCUUUUGAUUUCUCUGGCUUUUUCUUGACUUGGAUUAUGGCUGGCCAUCCAGUUUACAAGUAUAUGUAAUCUGUAGCCAAUUGUUCUUGACUCCUGUAGGGAAUUUCGUGUUUCUGUGGCAAGGUUUCACACGUAUAUCAAUCAGAAAGCAAGUCUUAGAUGUUGAUAAUCUAAUCUGGGGUAUUCCCGCAUAAAUGUUUUCGGUAGAUUAUAGGCUCAUCGAUUGACGAAUUUAUAUUUAACAGUUAUUCACCGAAGGUGAGUUGAAUAUCGUCGAAUAAUCCCCGAGACAAAGUCGGGGGGAUUAUUCGA